AUGGACAACUUGCUCCGGCUGCUCAAACGCGGCUUCUGGCUACAUGGUUCUGACCUCGAGAGGGUGGUCAAGCCCAAUGUCGCGUUCCUGCGGGAGUGCGGGCUACAUGAUUGCGACAUUGCCAAGCUAUGCAUCCGUGAGCCAAGGGUCCUCAGAAUCAAACAGCAGCGCCUCCAGGCGAUGGUGGCAUGCGCCAAAGCUCUCUGUGUGCCGCAUGGCUCUGGGAUGUUAGGAAAAGCGUUGCAGGCUGUCGCAUCCACUGACGAGGAGAAGAUUGCCACCAAAGUGGAUUACUUGAAGAAGACAUUAAGGUGGUCAGAUUCUGAGGUGGGCAUUGCUUUGCCCAAUAAUCCGAUGGUGCUGACCUAUUCUAAGGAGAGGCUGCAACGCUUAUCAGAGUUCCUCAUCUCCGAGGCGGGGUUGGAACCGGGGUACAUUGCUCAUCGGCCGGCAAUGCUCAAUUAUAGCCUGGAUGGUCGGCUCAGGCCCCGGUACUACGUUAUGAAGUAUCUCAAGGAAAACAGAUUGCUACAUCGCGACCGGGAUUACUAUUCUGCAGUCGCGCUGACUCCGAAGGUAUUCAUGGACAAGUUCAUAUGCCCACACAAGGAAGCUGCACCGCACCUUGCUGAAGACUAUGCAGCAGCUUGCAGAGGGGAAGUGCCAGCUAGAUUCAGAUUCACAUGA